AUCAUUCAUCGCUAUGAGUAUGAAUAUGCGUAUGAACUAAUUUGAUAUUUAUAAAAAGUUGCGUAAAGAGUUGUUUUUAAAACAAAAUGCUAUAUAUGUUGGUCGUCACGUUAACAGUAGGUCAACUUGACCUAGUAACACCCAUCAUUUCAAAUUUUUGUUAGUAGAGUUCAUUGGUUAAUGCCAAUGGUGCUGGUCUUACAGUGAGAGGAGAUAUUUGAAACUCCAUCCUCCAUCUUUUCUUUCCCAAUAGUGAGGGUAAACAAAAAGGGAAGCAAAGGGACAAGAAAAGAAAGAAAGAAGAUUUUCUCCACCUUUAAGCAUCCCAAGCAGCUCAAAGUCAUUUUUUCAAAAAGAAAAUAUUAUUUAAAUUCCUCUGAAAGUUUCAAAUCCUACUUUUUCAUUUUCGUAUUAAAAAUGGAUUUGUCAAAGAGACUGAAUGCUUCUUAUUCGAUUGAUUGAAUCUCUCACCUGAGCAAGAAAUUGCCCUCUGCACUUCAUCUUCUCCUGCUGCUCUUCUUCCAGUUAACCAAGCAAAACCAUAGUUUUUUGACGGAGAAACAUUAAAAAAUCCGAUGAGGACAAGCGGUUCUACUUCUUCCAGAAGCCAAGAAGAAACAAGGUUUAAGGAGGAGGACGAUGCUUCCCCCAGGAGAAAUCGCCAAGAUCAAAACACCAUCCCGAUUCAAUACGCAGAUCAACAACAAGCAGAGCUUUUUAGAAAACUCGAUUCCUUAAAAGGCCACGUUCUCCGUGGUCAAGACUCACCAAGAGCCUCACAUCAUCAGCCACCACCUUAUUACAAUCCAUAUCCUCCUUAUGGAAUGUAUCCUUCCCCUAGUAACCCGCCUCAUGGUUUCCCAAUGCAUCAAAGCUUGUAUGGUCAUUACCCAAAUCAGAUGCUGCCUCGUCCUCCCUAUCCUCCUCAAGGAGGACAUUAUGUAGACAUUGGUCCUGACAUACUUGACCCCCAGUUACACGACCCUAGAUUCUUUCCUGGUACACCGAGUAGGUACGCUGAUGUCCCUGUUUCGCACCAUGGUGGUGGUGCUCAAGGCCAUCAUCACAAGAGGUGGCCUAGUGACAUUAACUCUGAAAUGGGUAGCGGUGCUCAAGGCCAUCAUCACACGAGGCGGCCUAGUGAAGUUAACUCUGAAAUGGGUGGCGGUGCUUAUGCUCGUGGGUAUGUUCAAACUGCUGCUGAUUCACGUCGUUGCCAUCCUCUAGCAGGAGGUGCGCCCUUUGUAGCUUGUCACAAUUGCUUUGAGCUUCUCUACUUGCCUAGGAAGAAGCUUCUUCUUUCUCAGGCAAAGCAGCAACAAAAGCUGCAAUGUGGUGCUUGCUCCGAGGUCUUCAGUUUCACUAUUGUCGAUAAUAAGCUUGUUUUCUCUUCUUCUUCUGCUCUUGAGGAGAGUCACCGAGCUCGUGUAGAGGUUGAAGAUAGAAGUGCAGUGAUAGAUGAUUGUCCACUUAAGGAUGAGGAACACUCAGAUGACGAAGGAGGAAGAUCAAGCGUUUCUAGUGAACCACAAAAAGAGGUCGUCAAGUCUGUUCGCCGCAGAGCCAAAGCCGCUAAAGCUCCUCCUCCUCCACCACCUCCUGAAAACUCCAAUCUUCUAGAGCUCUUUGAGUAUUCUAACGUAAACAGAGCUGCACUCACUUACGGAAUGUCGCAGCUAGGUUACAAUAAGCAAGUAUCCUUCACGAAACAAGAAUCAGUAGCUUCUGAGACAGAUAUAUCUUACAAUGGUUACUAUAAUAACACUGAGGACGAUUCAAGGAUCUCGAACGCUAGUAAAGAUGAGAGAGGACGUAGGAACCGAAAGCAUCGCAGCGACUACAAUAAAACCGUAUCUAAUGAUGACCAAUACGAUAGGCAGCUAGAGGUUUGGGUGAACGGGCAUCUGAUACCGGAAGAUCAGGUUAUCAGCGCCGAGAAACAAGCUGGACCUGUUCAAGCUGGCAACUACUGGUAUGACUACCGUGCUGGAUUCUGGGGAGUUAUGGGACACCCUUGUCUCGGUAUCAUACCACCAUUUAUAGAAGAGUUUAGUCGUCCAAUGCCGGAUAACUGCGGUGCGGGAAACACGGGAGUGUUUGUGAACGGAAGAGAGCUUCACGAGAGAGAUUUCGAGUUGCUUUCAGGUAGAGGUCUUCCUCGAGGCAAGAACCGUUCUUACAUCGUUGAUAUAUCGGGAAGAGUUCUUGAUGGAGACUCUGGUGAGGAGCUUAAGAGCCUUGGCAAAUUAGCUCCAACGAUUGAGAAGGUUAAGCAUGGAUUUGGCAUGAGAGUUCCAAGAUACCUAGCUUCAUCAACUUGAUUCAGCCUCUUCUUCUGGUUUCAAUCUUUCCUUAUUUGAUUGAAAUGUAAAUUGUGCUUUAUGUAACACAACACAUCAGCUGGUUGGUUGGUUGGUUGGUUAUAUUCUGAUUUCUGACCCCACAGCUUGCCUCUGUUCCCUUUCUUUUUGGGGGUUUGUAUGUUAGUGUUUCAGUCUAUUCUUUUUUUCUUUUCUUGUUUUGGAAGCAAACCAAACCGGUUUGUGAUUUUCGGUCUGGGUUAAAGAUAACAACUCUGAUUUUCUUCUGAUCUUCUGGUUUUAUGUGAAAACUGAUAUGUUUUGUUUUUUGUGGAUCCUUUUUUUUAUUCUGUAUCAAUAACUAUCAACAAAUAAAGUAAAUUAUCAACUC